CCCAGGGUGAUUUCGAACGCACUCUUGAAUUUGGGUAAUUGUAGGUAGGUUCCGCUUGCUCACUCCGUGCACUUCAAGUGACUCCAUUCGCAAUCCAGCCGUUCGGGUCUUUUUGGCGUAUUAAGGGUGACUCCGUUAGCGUUCAGGCCCAUCCUCAAUCAAUCUGGUAGCGAAGUGGCACUUCGGCACGCAUGCUAGAACAAUGUUGUUUAAAAAGAGGGUUUUACAUGCUGCAAGAGUACCUGCAAGUCGAUGCAAGCUGCAAGAACUCUUGCAAAAGGCAUGCGCAGUUGCAACCCAGCUGUUUGCAAGUUGCAAGAAUUCUUAAAUUGCAACUUAUCGGUUCUGUUCGAUAUUUCUACAAGUGCAAGACUCUGCAAGAGUAUUUUUGGGGGAAAAUUUGGUAAUUUUUGGCAUGCCUACUUUCAAUAAAAGUUACUACUUUCAAAAUUAUGUUUAUAUUUAUAGACUAAUGACCAAUGAACUAUAGACAAAAACUGGAAUACGCACACAUUGCCAUAUCUGCCAAAAAAAUGUAGCCAUGAAAGACAGAUGCCACCAAUGAACUAUAACCAAAAACUGGAAUGCUAACACAUAACGUUUCAUAGGAAACAAUUUCUUGUAACAUAGUGGCGGCACCAAUUAUAGUUGUAUUCCUUUCACACCUAGGAGGAGCUCCGGAACAGCUCCGGGGCUUCACGCGCUUAUUCCUUUGCAAAGACUAGCAGCAAUAACCUUUUUUCUAUUUUUACUAUUAAUUUUUGAAAUACACUACGAUUCAUUUUUUACAUACAACAAAAGUAAUAGUAAACAAGUACCAACUACACAUGUAAAACCAAACCGCAAGACGGCGCAAGAAAUCUUUAACAGAAAGAAUCUUGCAGAUACUUGCACUUGCACCGCCUAACUGCAAGAUUUAUUCAGCUUGUAAAACCCCCUUUGGCACGCAUGCUAGGACAAUGUUGUUUAACGUUGGCAUCCUCAAUUCAAUUCCGCGCUAGCAUGCACGCCGACUCCGAAGUGCAAGCUUUUCGAUGCGUGCCGACUUGUGUCAUACGCAGUACGGUAAAAAAUAAUUCAAGUUAUCCUUGCGUUCGAUAUUUUGCUCGAAGAGCAGAGCGUGCAGAGCGGAGCUGUAAUCACGUGACCAGCGAGCGCACAGAGCAGUUGAACGCUGUAUCAGAAGGCUCGAAAUUUUAAUAAUCGAACGUGGAUGAGCCUGCACCGAGUACACUUUUCAAAUAAACGAACGGUAAAUUUAUGCUCGGAGAACUCGGAUCAAAAUACCGAACGCACGGUUCGUGACCGUGGGUAUCAAUUUCCCAGCACUCGUGCCGAAGUGCCACUUCGCUACCAGAUUGAUCGAGGAUGUAGCUUUCGACUAUACGGAGUAAAGUAAAUGGAGUUCACUCCAAAAGUUCCACCUCAGAAAGAGAAUUUUUUAGAGUUAAGCUUACUUUUCAUGCAUCCGUUUUUCCGUCAAUCCGUUGAUCCGAAAGCGUCAUUUACGUGUGGAUGCGGGAAUGGGUAAAAUCAUCAAGUAAAAUAAUUGAUCUAAUUUUAAAAUUUAUUAAACAUGAUGGAGAAAUUUCCUUGACAAAGUUAAACAACAGAGGCAAAAACAUUAAAUAUUGUGGAGGAAUUGAAGUUCAUUUAUAGUACACGAAGGACAAGGCAAAAGUGAAAAAAAAAAAUGGAAACCGGAAAGUUGGAGUGUCACGGUUGACUGACGUUCGUGUAUUAAUUUUUCACUCUAAUCACUCCUAGAUCACGCGACAAAAAUCUAUUCUUACUCUACUCCAACUCCGUGCUGAAUAGCUGAACUCAGGUUAAAUAGAGAGUUCUCGUGCUGUCCAAAUUUCAAAAAUCGUAACGUUAUUUGACAAGUAUGACAGUUUUUACGGUAUUAGUGUUAGCAGUUCAUUGGCGCAGCCCGCUACCUAACGGAAGUUAGCGGAUGCCUUACCGUAAUGCUAAGCUAUGUCAACAUUAGUUUACGCUCCAUUUACGUCUGCAAGAACAGCAAGUUCUAAUAAUUCCUCCAUAAAAAACACCAAGGGAAAAUCAAUGAAACUCAGGAAUCUUCAGGAUAAUUAAAAGUUGGCAAACAAGCAAAAAAAGUUGGGCUAGAUCACUCAUUAAAGCUGUUAAAAUGUAAACAGAAUAAGGGAUUAGAGGAUUUUUGUGUCGUCGUGUCCGAGAACUAUACAUUUAAAAUACCGUAUUGUUAGCGGUAUCGUAUUAGCGUAACGUCUGAAGCACGAGAACUUUCUAAUACCGUGAUACGUAACACGCUAUUUUUGUUAAAAAGAAAAUGCGCAUGCGCACUUGUCAAAUCCUACGUUAGCGUUAACGUUAUUUGGUCUAAAACCGAAAUUUCGCGACGAAUGUAGUUCAUCAAUAGUUAAUUUGUGACAUCAUGAGUCUGAACGCUGGCUUGAAGUUGCAUCCAUGUUUCCGGCGAACUACGUUCAAUAUGACGUCAUGAGUAUCUCACGAAAGCGUUUGAGUUCAUGGAACCAUGGAAGUAGUUCGUCGCGAAAAUUCGGUUUGUCCUUGACGUUUUAUGCGUGUAUCAAACGUCAAAUUAUCGAAGCAAUGUCAAAAAAAAGCGAAUUUUGCACAAGUGAGAAUGAGGCAUUUUACGCUCUCUUUACUCUAGAACAGGAAUGACAAAAAUUUGCUCUGACUCUACUCCAACUUCCGUGUCGGGUGUCUUGUCAAUCUCUUUCAUAACCUCAAUAUCAUAAAAUAAACAAAACAAUAACAAACCAAUUAUAAAAACAAAGUAAUGCAAUUUUUACUAAACCAUUUCAAUUAUACAACAUGCUUUUACCUAAUUAUAUCCCUAAUCUAUCAUAUCAACGCUACUCUAUCCAAUAAAUCAUCUCAGCAAACUGAUCAAGACUGUGCAACUGAAAAAAUCAACAAAUACUCUAAAGAAGCUAAUACCAAAUAUAUUAAGUAUUUAAACCUUAUACAAGAUGCUAGAAGGAAUUAUAAGCAUUGCAACACGAAUCGGUGUAAUUGUCAUGCCCCAGUUAUGGCUCAUGAUUUGAAGAUUUUUAAGGAGAAGGGCAUAUCUGAGAAACAAGUACAAGCUGUUAAAUCAAAAGGUACAAAAUAUCAAAUCAUCAAUCACAAACUAUACAGGGACUCUAACUGUAUGUUUCCUAGUAGAUGUGCAGGAAUUGAACAUUUUUUACUGGAAAUCUUACCUCAGCUACCAGAUAUGGAAUUUGUGGUUAACACUAGAGAUUGGCCUCAAAUUCCAAAAAAAUACGGAAUUUUCGGCCCAGUAUUCUCCUUUAGCAAAACAGACGAAUACAAUGACAUAAUGUAUCCAGCUUGGGCUUUUUGGGAAGGCGGGCCCGCCAUCAGUCUGUAUCCAAGAGGUAUCGGCCGAUGGGACACUCACAGACAAAAACUAGGAAAACUGGGAAACUCUACCAAGUGGGAAGAUAAAAUUCCCAAAGUUUUUUUCAGAGGUUCAAGAACCUGCUCCGAACGUGACCCAUUGAUUCUUCUGUCAAGAGAGAAUCCUGAUCUAGUUGAUGCACAAUACACUAAGAAUCAAGCUUGGAAAUCUGAAGUGGACACUCUCCACGCUCCACCAGCAGAAGAAGUCUCCUUCGAAAAACACUGCAACUACAAAUACUUGUUCAACUUCCGAGGAGUUGCGGCAAGUUUUCGCUUCAAACACAUUUUGCUUUGCAAAUCGUUAGUGUUUCACGUGGGCAAUGAAUGGCAGGAAUUUUUCUAUCCGGCCCUAAAGCCUUGGAUUCAUUAUAUUCCGGUAGACGCUAAAGCGACCAAAGAACAGUUGCAAGAGCUAAUCGAGUUUGCCUUUAAUUACGAUGACGUUGCUAAAGAGAUUGCUGAAAAUGGUUACAGUAUGAUUUGGAAUAAUUUGAAGAUGAAGGAUGUUGGUUGUUACUGGAAGAAGUUGCUUAAGAAAUAUGCUGGGCUGUUGAAUUAUAAACCGAGCAGAGAUAAAACGUUGGUUGAAAUUACAAAUUAAAAAGUGUUCCUAAUAAUUUAUGCAUUCCUCAAUUUUCAAUUACAUAAUUCUAAACUUUAUUAUCCGUCCUUAAGUAUUGACAAUAACAAUAAUAACUAUUGGAAGGGUUUCGUUUGCUUAACUUUUUUUCUGUUGCUGUUGAAGUUUCUAUUUGCUUUUUAGAAAAAAAUAAAAUAAAAAUAAAUGUGUAUUCUAGAUUUAAUUAGGUUUAAUCCCAAGACAAUAUAUCUAAAUUAUAUGACAAUAAAUGUUAGUAAAUAUAUUUACAUUUUUAUUGAAUCGGCUUUUACUUGGGGGAAAUAAUCCAUUAUCUAAUAAAAGAUUUUUUAAGUAAAUUUAAAUACUUAUAUAUUUCCACUAUUUUUUUGUUAAACUUUUUACAUGUUUCGCUAAACUUUAGCUUCAUCAGAAAGAUUUAAAAAAAAAAAAAAAAAAAAAUAAAUGUAGACAUAAAAGUGAAAUUGACAAAUAUAAAAAAAGGUAAAAGCUGGUCUAAUUUUAUGUUAAUUUAAAUAGGUAUUAUACAGUAAAUAAAUUUAAAAGUGGUGAAUUGUUUAAAUCUAAUUGGUCGUUCAAUAAACAGUCUAAAGUUUUAAGUUUGUUUAUUUCUAAAGAUUCUAGAAGAUUUAAUUUUAUCCCUUUGUUUUCAUUAUGUAAUAUUUGGAAUUCAUUAUUAAAAUUAUGAUUUGAUUCUAUCAGGUGAUUUGCAUAAUUUGAAUCUGUUUUCUUUUUAUUGAAACAAUUGAAAUGUUCUUUAAUUCUAGUACCAAAAUUUUUACCUGUUUGUCCUAUAUAUACUUUUGGACAAUCUUUACAAGAUAAUUUAUAAACUCCAGAUUUAUCACAAAUUUUAGUUUUAGAUUUAUUAUUUUUUAAGUGAAAGCCUAUUGUAUUGUUAGUUUUGAAAGCAACAUUUAUAUCGUUUUUGUUAAGAAAUUUGCUAAUUUUAUUACUAGCUUGUCCUUGGAAAGUAAUACUUUUGAAAUUAUAAUUAUUUUGGAAUUUUUUAGGGUAUACUAAAUUAAUGGUAUUUUUGUAUACAUUUUUGUUUAAAAUAUCAUCUAUUAAUUUGGAAGAAUAGCCAUUAUUGAUAGCAAUUUGUUUAAUUAGGUUUAAUUCUUUUUGGAAAUUAAUAUUAUUUAUAGGAAGUGUUAUUAAUCGGUGUAUCAUACUGUUAAAAGCAGCUAAUUUGUGUUGGAUAGGAUGACAAGAUGUAUUGUGUAUAACUGUAUCAGUAUGAGUAGGUUUAUGAAAUAUGGAAAAUUCAUGUUUUUCAUUUAUGUUUUUGAUUGUUAGAUCUAGGAAAUUUAUUGAAUUCUUUAGUUCUUUUUCUAUGGUAAAUUUUAUGUUAGGGUGGAUUUUAUUAAAAGUCUAUAAAAAUAUCUAAUUGUCUGUCUGUUCCAGUAAAACAAGUUAGAAUAUAGUCAACAGUAGAGAAAUUUUUUAAAAAUUGGAUGUUUGUUAAUUUUUGAUUCAAUAAAAUCCAUGAAUAUUUCAUAUAAAAUAGGACUUAGUGGAUUUCCCAUUAUAAGUCCAACUUUGCAAGUAUAUAUUUUAUUAUCAAAUUCAAAAUAAUUUUGUCUAAGGCAUUCUUUCAAAACGAUAAUAAUUUCUUCUUUUUUAACAAUGUUUAUAUUAUUUUUAACUGAUGAAGCUAAAGUUUAUCGAAACAUGUUAAAAGUUUAACAAAAAAAUAGUGGAAAUAUAUAAGUACCUAUUUAAAUUUACUUAAAAAAUCUUUUAUUAAAUAUAUUUACUUUUGAAUUUCAGAUUAAUAAUAAUAGGCAUUUUCCUGCAUUGAGAUUCUAAUUUUUUCUAUUUAUUAUAUAAUAAACAUUCCUAUUGUACACCUUUUGAACAGAUUUACAUGCAUUUUCAUGAUAUUUAAGUGAUAUUACCUAUAUUUAUUCUAUUUUAUGUGAUAUUAAUUAUUCUUAUAUUUAAUCAAUAUUUUAGUGUUAGACUGUAUUGACAAUAAAAAAUAAAUAAUAUUUCCUGUAAAGGGCAAAAUUAAUCAAUUUGAAUAUAGAAUAACUAAUUAUUAAUGGAAGUAAAACUGCUCAUAAACAUAUAAUAGCUGGUUUGCCAUUCAAACUAAACAAAUUAUUUUGCUUUAUCUUAAAACAAACUUUAACUCGAAUCAAUAAACCAAAUAUU